CUACCCCGCCAUGCCAUCAUUGAUCAAUUGAACUGACAAGAGACUUGAAGCACAAUGGCCAUCUCUGGAUCUUGCGAACACCGCUUUAGAGUCAUCAAGUCCGACACGACUCUCAUCAUCUGGAACUGCAGCCUAUGCCAUUCAGGUCCGCAUUGGUUCAUCUAUGAAUGCACCAAAUGCAAGGUCAAGAGAUGCGAGCCCUGCACACGCAAAGCAUAAAGAGGAUAUGCACCACCACGACAUCUUACACCGACCAAGGUACGUGCAAGGCCACCCAACCCUUUCAUCUCACAUGCCAGAUCUCUCGAUCUCACCCAUGUCGU